UCAUUGUCUCUAGCAAGAGCACUAAAGCUCAACACAUAGUGAACCUGUGCACUUUGUUUUUGCUGGAUUUAAAAAGCCCAGUUUAAUUUAUUGUUUGCAAUGGAUCUCUCUCUGCACACCAUUCUGCUGAUCUCUGCCAUGUUCUGUGUGUUUGUUGAAGAAGGAUUUGGACUACCCCUCUUCCAACCAUCAGAAAGCCAAAGCUCUCCAUUACGGACAGCGAGGGUUCGCACCAAGCGUUGCUCCUGCAGUAACUGGAUGGAUAAGGAAUGCAUCUACUUUUGCCACUUGGACAUAAUCUGGGUCAACACGCCAAGUAAGAUCACCCCAUAUGGCCUGGGAAGCCCUCUGUCUCGUCGGCGGCGCUCCACCGGCCGUUGCGAAUGUUCUGACCCCAACGACUCAACAUGCUCUACUUUCUGUCACACCAGCUCCAUGGAUCCAAGCCUAGUGGUUGUGAAUCCUUUUGCUCCUGAAGAGGGCAAUGUGGAUAAAGCUAAAAAAGAUCUCCUCCCAUAUCUCAGGCAAGUUGCCAAGGCUAAUCUCAUCGCAGCCAAGCAUUCUGCUCUUUCAAGAAAAAAGCUCAUCAAGAACAACAAAUCUUGAUCCAGUCACCGAAAGAUGCAGAACGAUAAGCAACAAAGGGUCAAAAUCUUCUCAGGAGUAAGAAGUUGAUGGCCUUGAGAGGAUCACUUCUGCUGAAAAGUGGAGGUAUAACUGGAAGGACAAAUGAGAGAACAUUCUCUCAGAAGACAAUGAAAGACCUAAGAAUGUUCAUGGGGAAAAUAAACCAAAAACUAAUUUAUCUAUUAAAGAUACUGGCAGUGUUAAGGGAAAAGGGCCACUAUUAAUACACAGGAACUUCAAGGAUCAGAGAAGCAGUGGAAUCUAAAUCUUGAAAGGACACUAAGAAAGAACGGAGGAGCAAAGGAGGAAUGGAGGAGCAACUUACUUGAACACCUGUGAAACAGAGGCCUUACCCAAGGAAUGUAAAAACAUGUAGGAGUCAUGUUUAAUAGUUUAGCACUAAAAAAAAAAGAAAAAAAGAAAAAAAAGGAAAGGAAAGAAAGAAAGACUGUGCAAUACUGCUUUUUUUAUUUUUAUAAAAGGUUAAAUAUUACAGCAAUGUCUUUGUAUGCUAAGGUCUUUAUUUAUUUAUUUUUUAUCCUUUCCUUUUAUUACAUUCUGUUUUUCUCGUAUUUCAGUUGUACUUCUCUGUAUCAGAGUUUCGUAUGAUUUCAUUUCUCUUGAAAAUGUUAAAUACCUCUAAACAUUGCAGGCUCUUACUGCAGUUACUUAGGAAGCUGUCAUAAACGCUGAGUUUAUGCUUUUGUUUCUAAUCUAUGAUAACAAUGACCAAAGGUUGCCUUGCUGUCUUAUCUAAGUUUGCCAGUGGAUUCUUUGGUCCACAUAUUAACUGUUAUAUGAAAUAGAUCAAUCACUCAGGGCUCAUUAGGGAGCUUUUUUUCUUUUUCUUUUUUUCUGUUCUUGGCCUCUUUGUAAACACGGAAAUAUUAUUAACAUAGUUACUGUUGCGUGUUUUCGGUUACAUGUGCAAACGGGUUUCAAUGGCUCUGAGCUUGCCAACAAACUGCAGUAAUUGUUUUUUCCUGCAAUAGAAUAGGCCAAAUAAUGUCCUUGUAUUUUCCUAUUAUACAAAAACAAGCACUGUGAUUCAGUGGAAUGUGUUUAAUGAGAGGUCUUUUCACUCCUGCUUAUAGCUUGAGGUUUGUCUGCUGAACAACUCAGUGCCAUGUCCACAACUGCUGUUUCUUCACUCAUAUCAAGGGAAAGGCCUUUUUUCAGCCUUCAGCUUGACCAUGAAUACUUGAAUGUUUAGUUUCACAGCCUGCAGGGCUUAUAUCAUGUUGUAUAGUAACAUGCUUAAAAAAUAUAUUUAUUUAAUUUAUUGAGAUCACUUAUUUAUAUUGUGUACUUCAUUUAUAGGUUUUGUCUCAAAUAAAUUAUUGGAAAUGAUUGAAA